UCCCAGGAGAAAGAGACCUCGUGGCAGCUUUGGCAGGCCAGGGGCUGAGGAGCAAUGGCAGACAAGCUCCUCCUGAACGUGAGGACAGCCUUUGUGGAGCGUGUGAGCAAGCCACUGAUCUCUGGGCUGCUGGAUGAGCUGCUGGGCCAAGGGGUGCUGAGCCUUGAGGAGGUGGACGAGGUACAGGAUAGAUACCCGGUGCGCACCGACAAGGCUCGCUGCCUCAUCGACAGCGUGCGUCUGAAGGGCCCCAAGGCAAGCCAGAUCUUCAUUGACAGCCUCAGGAAGCGUGAUGGCACCUUGGCAAAGCAGCUGGGUCUGGCCACUGAUUCAGGGCCCCUUGGUGCACAGCUGGCCUCCCCCAACACUGAGAACCCCCCUGGACACCCUGUUGGCAUCCAGGGCCAGCAGUGGAUCCGACAGUGCUCCGUGAGCGAGUACCAGCGCAUCAGGGACACAGAGGGAGACCAGAUCUAUCCCAUCCAUCUACCACGGGAGACACGAACCCGUAGGGCCCUGCUCAUCUGCAACAUUGAGUUUGAGCACUUGAGCCGGCGGAAUGGGGCCGAAGUGGAUGUGAAAGGGAUGACGACACUGCUGGAAGGGCUGGGCUACAUGGUGGACGUCCACUGCAACUUGACUUCCCAGGAGAUGGCUGCAGUCAUGAAUGAUUUUGCGAAUCGCAAAGAUCACUACACCUCUGACAGCACCUUCCUGGUCUUCAUGUCUCAUGGGGUCAGGGCUGGGCUUUGUGGGACCAAGAGCAGAGGUGAGACCACAGACAUCCUUUCCCUCGACACCAUCUAUGAGAAAUUCAACAACAAGUGCUGCCAGGCACUGCUGGGCAAACCCAAAGUGGUCAUUAUCCAAUCCUGCCGUGGAGGUAAGAUAGGGUCCGUGAUGGUGAGCAACUCCACAGACCUUGCCAUGGCCACUCCCAGCUCCUCUCACACAAUCCCUGCAGGGCUGGAAAAUGAUGCAAUCUGUGAAGUCCACCUGGAGAGUGAUUUUGCCACUUUACAUUCCUCCACUCCUGAUACUGUCUCCUGGAGAAGUUCAGUAACAGGCUCCCUUUUCAUCCAGCGCCUGAUAGAGCAGUUUCAAAACCAUGCCUGUGACAGCAACUUACAGGAGAUCUUCCGAAAGGUCCAAUAUGCCUUUGGAAAAUUCCCUCAGCAGUUGCCAUCACAAGAACGGACUACAAUGCUCAGGAAGUUCUACCUCUUCCCAGGCCACUGAUCUCCUGCCCAUGGUGAAAAAAUCAUACACAGACAGCAAGUGUCUUUGAAUUUGGGGUAACACAGCAGAAAGCUCAAGCUCAAGGUGAAUGUAACCCUGCUCAAGAGAGAUGUACUUCUUGAGAAAAGGAAAGGACCAGUAGAAAAGCCAAGAACAGCUUUGCAGAAACACACUGAAUCUCCAAACCAGCUACUUGUGCCCCCUCUGCUAGGCAAUUACCAAACAGACCUGCAAUAAAGUAAGUCUUUGGUUUCCUGUC